AAACUAAUUUUAGAGUCUAAGUUAGCUCAAAAUUAACGUUUUUAACGCACGUACAAACAAACUAAAGAUCAAAUCAAUAGAGAGAGCUGUAAAAUUUUCAAGCACAAUCAGAAUUUAUUUAAACAAAAUAAAAAUGUAGCAGUAAUACAACUUCACCCAACUGGCUUUAGUAACAUUCAAGAUGUUUCUUAACACUUAAACCUUUCAUUUUUCAUUUUUCCAAACCUACAAUUCUGUAGACCUUCCCUGCCCAUUCCACAGGACCCUUUAAACUUUUGCACCAACCAACAAGUAGAAGAGUAAAGACUAAAUUCAAGUUUGAAUGGAGAAUCAGUUGGGUAUUCUUAGAAUUCGUGUAAUUAGAGGCAUUAAUUUGGCCAUUAGAGACUUGAGAAGCAGUGAUCCUUAUGUUGUUGUUAGGAUGGGCAAACAGAAAUUGAAGACUCGAGUGGUGAAGAAGAGUGUAAAUCCCGAAUGGAAUGAAGACUUAACGCUAUGUGUUGCUGAACCUAUUCUCCCUAUCAAGCUGCAAGUUUAUGACAAGGAUACAUUUUCUCGUGAUGAUAAAAUGGGCGAUGCAGAGCUUGACAUUGUACCAUUUAUAGAUGCAAUAAGGAUGACGCGCUUUAAGAACAUUCCAAAUGGAAUCAUAAUUUCAAGAAUAAUUCCAAGCAGGAAAAAUUGUUAUUCUGAAGAAAGCUGUAUUGUCUAUGAAAAUGGCAAGGUUGGCCAAAAUGCAUUUGUUAGGUUAACGAAUGUUGAAUGUGGUGAAAUAGAGCUCCGGUUGCAAUGGAUAGACAUUCCUGGUUCCAAGAAUCUAUAGCUAAUUCUAUUAUAUUCCAGCUAUUGUGGCCAUUAUGGACAUUAUGCUUGCUGUUCUUUUUGGAAUUUUUAAUGGCCGGCCUUGUAUUUUAUACUUUUCUAUAUAGAUAUUGAUGUUCAAUGAAUUGAACUUGUCAUUUUGUUGUUGCUA